UGGCAAAUUACGUGCAUUGGAACUUGAGUAUUUGCUUCACGCAAAUCUUUCGAGUGAACGAGAUUUAUGCAGAUAAAAGGAAGCAUUUGUUUGAUCAAGCCUCGUAUUUGCGCUCUCUCGUUGGGACCUGAAAACCUGAAAAUUCAAGAAUUUUUCAAGGCUCAGCCUGCCAAUAUCAAAUUGCUUCAAGGAUACCACGGGCAAAAUGGACGUUUUUUGCCGACUCGAAAUGACACAAGAGGUAUCGGUUAUUAAUUUUCUCUUGGCAUGAUUUGCAUGUGAGCUGAGCACCCUGGAGGCUGGCAAGGUUCAGCACUACGCACAUGGUAAAGGAGUAAGUAUGUAUAUAGCAUAAAGGUAAAUGUUACGAGCGGCCUCGAGAUCUCCACCCUCAUCAAAUCCGUGCUCGAAAUGACAAAUUGAAAACGGGACUUGGUGCUUUUUUUUCCUUUGCCACUCACUGUACUAGAUUGGGGUUUUGAGAGGAUAUCAUCGUGGCAAUUACGAUUUCCCUCUCAUUACACUAGAGUAAUGGGUUUGAAAGCCUCAGCUAGAAUGAUUGAAGCGCCAUAUUUUGCACAUCCCCAAGCACAAUCAUAUGCAUGAAUAACAUUUCAAGAGCAUUUUUUCCGAAUGUAACCUGCUACUCAUUCAUAUUUCAUUCAUAACCCUUUCUCCUCCAAAUUGAAAACAACCGAAUCACUUUCCAUUACUUGGCUGAAACGACAAGGAGAUUUCGAGAUGGCUUUAAUUAAAUUCCCGUAUGCGUUUGAAGUUAAUUGCCAUUGUGAGGCUCAGGUCCAUGUCAAGGCCGUGAGACGGAUAAACCCGAGCCCAAAUGGUCUUUUGUCUUUAAAAAGUAAUGAUUUCGCCAAAUUUAGUUAAUGAUCAAGAUUAUCUUUUGAUUAUAGAUUCCCGUGCUGGCAUUGGUUAAGUCCCUGCAUGCAGUAGAAGUACGACUUUUCGUCAUCAUCACCCAUACAUCCAUGUCCCCGUUACCACAUCGGUGAACAUCCUCGAACCAAUCCUUGUGGUAUACCAAGUCAUGAUUGUGGUUUGCAACCGAGAAAGCUGAUGAAACCUUUCGUCUGGUCUACGUCGUUGAGAAGAAGAAACCUGUGGAUGAUUGGAUGGCUAGUCUUGGGUGGUUUGUGAGCCCUGAGCUCUGCCAAAGCCACUCCAUUUGAGAUGGGGCUUAUUGGCUAACAAUCCAUUAGAAGCCAAAGGACAUUUCCCUUUCGACACACUCUCGCCUUCAAUCAGGGUGGUCGAGCAUCGAAAUGAGCAUUGCGUCUCUGAGGCUGAGGAGAUCUAUGUCGGUAUCGCGGUUUACAGACGAGAUGUACCAUAGGUAGGAAACGAGCGUUUACACCACAUCCCGCCCGGCUGAUGUGGUCCACCUAUUCGGGAUCUUAGAACAUGUGCAAUGUUAGAUUGGCUUCAUGAGCUAUUAUCGGUACGUAUAGGUAAGGUCUCUUUGGCAGCAAUAAUCAAUCAAAGGGAGCAAUGAGUGGAAAAACAAAUAUGACCCUGUGAUUGUGGGGCGAGGUAAAAAAAGAGUUAAGGACCUCCAAUCUGAAGGUUGACCUUGUGUGUAGGAUUUGCUGGGUUCCGUGGUUCUUCUGAAGCCAAAUCUGGUUCCGGGAUGUUUCAGGAUGUCAUGUUUGACUGAAGCAUUCUUAUCAAAAUACAGAUUGUUCAGGUUUCUACAUGAAAAGGUUGGUCAAUUGAAAUGCUUGCCUCUCACGCUACAUUAUCAGAGGGGUUUGAAAUACUGCAACAAAUAACGCUUUUACUUAACGACGUGGUCAAGUAUCGAGCUCAAUCCGGGUCAGUUAUCAUCUCAAUGGAACAAUAGUGAACUCUGUAGCUUAGAUUUUUAAUUCCUUGUUUGCACUUGGUUAUGGUCUUGAAUGUAAAUUAGGCGCCGUUAAAAUUAUACCCAAAAUACCAAGGUCCAAAAAUCUUUUUAGAAUUCAACUUUGCCAAAGGCUGCAAUCCCAAUUUUAUAUGUAGCUACUGCAUUGAGACAUUACUGUACUAAGGGAAACCUACUUCCUCAUGUUUAAAGACAUUCCAGUUUUGAUCCCUUGGCUCGAUUUGAAUCACUGAAUCCUGUUAUCAUGAAAUGGUGUUUUCAGCUUUUGGUCGUUCUCUACAUGGAAAAUAUCAGGAAGGAAAUUUCAAUUUCAUUUUAGUGCAGCAUAGAAAAGCAUCUCGAGGUUUGAAAUGAUUACAACAGUUUUUCCAUCUAGCCAAUCAUUCUGAUGAUUGCAUGAUCUUGGCCACUAGAAUGAAAUACGACCCAUUUGGUGAAUGAUCAGUCGUGUUGUAUUCCCAGAUAUCUCUUGCGAUGCAAUUGGGUCAAGCAAUCCCCCUUUUCUUUGUUCGUGGCUGAGGGCACCGUCAUUUUGCAAUAAAGUUCUCUCAAAUUGAAUUAAGACUAAAUUGAGGCCGUGACCCUCCUCCAAAUUUAGCACAAAGACAUAUGAGAUAAAAAAGGGAAGAACAAAGAGCCUGCCAAACAGGACAGAUUGUGAUCAUUAUCUCCAUUUGCAUAAUACACAUCACGGUCCUAGCAUGAUAGAUUUUACAAGCGUUAAGUGAAAUAAUGGUCCUGAAUCAAUUUGUCUCUUUUUCUAAUCAUAUCCCGUAGAUUAUCCCAAUUUCGUAGCUAGUGCAAAACAAAAAUAAAUGAUCUGAACUUGUUUUGCUUGCUAAUAUCGUUUAAAACGGCAUGUUCUGAAAACAUCUGGAUGAAGUUCCAUACAAAUUGGCGCAUUUGUUAUGAAGCUAUGAUUCUCAAUUGAAGAAUAUAAUCCUUUCCUCGUAGCAAAUUAUUUUUCUACGAGACCAUUUGAAGUUUUUGUUGGAAUAUCACUUAUGACAAAACCGAGCAUUUUAGAAAUUUGGUUCGCGUACCACAGCAGUAUUUAUUUACGCCUCAAAAUGAUGCUGAAGAUUUUGGGAUGUUGACCCAGGAUUACCCUGAUCUGCACUUGGAUGGACGACAACUUCAUCCUGCAAGUUUUCAAGGUCCCCGAGAUAUGAGGUCCCUCUGUUGUUGGUUGUUCGUAAAUCCGGCUGGGGAAUAACGUGAAAAGUAGGAAAGGGAAUUCCAGCAUCCAUGAAUAUUUUAUGCACCAUUGGCUGGAUAGAACUCUCUGUUUAGGUUUUAAGUACGUCCUUCUUAGAUUCUGGGUACUGCAAUAUCUGAGACAGAAACGACAACACAGGGACUAAAAAUCACGAAGAGGAGCUUCUGACGUUAACGUAGGAAGUAGUGGACUUUAGGCAAUCCCACCUUCCCAGAACUAUCUAGUUGGAAGUAUAUUAAGACGAAAUUAACGAUUGAAAGAUUUGAUCUGAAGCAGAAAAAAUACAGGAUGUACUGUACUGUUUAUUACGAAUAACAGGGAUCAAGCAAUUUAAUUCCAUAUUGUUAUCUUUUUCAUUAUUGAUCAAGAGUAGCUUGUCAGUCUACAGUUAGUUAAUGCUACUCAAAUUGUAUAUCAGAACAACUGACAUGUGAUAUGUUAAUAUGGAAGCAUUUGUACAGGCUUUGAAUACGAACUGUUACUUCGUUUGAUCAAAAGUAACACUUGAAUAUCGAGAAGUAUCUUAUAUUAUCAUAUGGGUUGAUUGAUCGAUCCACCUGAUCCAACCAAUUCCAAAUAACAGCUUCUUCUGGUACUAAACUGAAGAUGAAUAAUUGACGCUUGCCUUCAGUUUUCUACCUUGAAUGACGCUUAUCUCGGCAUGUAGAGAUGCCUUCAUAGUAGAACCAUCAAGUUAUCCAGCAAACGCAUGUAGAUGUAGCUACGAAAGUUUUUGAAAGACCUCUACCGUACGUGUAACUUAGGUUACUGUGAGCAAGCUGACAAGCGCUUUUACCUGGUUUACCUGGCCUGAUUAGCUAGGAUAAGAAUUUCUCUUCCUACUCCAUAUGAAACCUCAAGGGUGCAGAAGAUGUUUUGCUAGCUCAAAAUGUCGCCAGAGACUCUGUUAUAGACGAGUAUGGACACUGCAGCUGAACGUGAACCAUGAACGUUCCCCAUGCGAGCUUUUUCUUGAAGCAAGGCCGGUUUUACGUGUCGGUUUUGUCUGUGGGUGUUCUAUUGUUGUUCAUCAAAGAGCUCGUGUUUUCAAGACCAAAAACUUCGUCAGCAUCUAUUGAGGAUGAAACCAUGAGUGAAUGGCGACGGUCCCCUUUGUGGGUCGAGGACCAAAGGCCUCAAAUAAAUCCCCACAAAUUCCAAUACCUGAAAAACCAUCCUUACUAUUGCAACAACAACGAGAUUGAUCUCCUAAUCCUCGUAUCAUCGGCCCCUGACCAUUAUGAAGAGCGUGAGGCCAUUCGAGCCACAUGGGCGGCCUCGGGGGCUUUGGAAAAGUACAGAACCAAAGUUUUGUUUCUUUUGGGACAAGGCAAGGAACAACAAACGCUUGUUGACCAAGAAAGCAAUCUAUGUCGAGACAUCAUCCAAGAGGAUUUUCAGGAUUCCUAUUACAAUUUGACUCUGAAAACGGUAAUGGGAUUAAAAUGGACGGCGAUUUUCUGUCCUCAAGCCAAAUACGUAUUAAAAACGGAUGAUGACAUUUUCGUCAAUGUGCCUCUUCUUCAUGCUGCCCUGAAGGCUCAACAAACCAAUCAAAUUACAGGAUGCAUCAAAAACAGUCCCAUUCACGGGUUCCAGCCCAUUCCAUCGGGCGAUAAUCCCCAACCUAUGGACAUGAUGCCACCCGCACAUCCAGCCUUCACAGCAGGCGCGGGCUACAUUUUGCCUGGGCCCUUAAUUCCGGAGCUUUAUAUCGCUGCUUUAAACACGAAGUUCUUGCCCAUUGAGGAUGUGUUCACAACUGGACAUUGUGCCAAACGGAUCGGAGCUCACCCGCCACUUCACGAUUCCAGGUUCUCUUGUGGAGAAAUGGUGACUCGUGAAUGUCAAAUGUCAAAAAUGUUUACAGGACACAAAGUGACACCCGAGAUGCAGUUCUCCAUCUUUGAGACCUUGUCAGAGCAAAUAUGCAAAUGAAUAAAUUAGGUAUUCAUUCUGUUCGUGAUCUUGGAUCAUUAGCAC